AUGGCAGCAAGUGUUCUAGAAUUGGCGUUACCACCUUUGCCCAAGCUGUCCGAUGUGCACGCAGUCUGGCUAACUGCCAGUGCGCGGAGUGACGUGGCCACUAUGCGCGAGCUCUUGAAGCGGAGUCCCGAGUGGCUCGAUCUGCACUGGGGCGGUUUCUGCCUGAGCACGCUGGGCGCCUCGGCUCUUCACACGGCGACGUGGAAAGUGGACUCAGUGGUCAUGGAAUUCUUACUGGAACUCGGCCAGCAUCCAGAUCCACGCGACGACAAUGGCUUGACGCCCAUGAUGGUGACAAUCUUGCGACUUAGUAUUAUGACCACGCGCUGUGUCUUCCGAGGCGGUCAGGCGGUGCGCCGCAACCUCAUUGUCGACUGCCGCGAAGAAGAGAAUAAACAGCAGAAGAAAGUGAUCAUGGCGAUGAAAUUGCUUCUUCGCUUUGAUGCUAAUGUAAAUGCGCAAAGUCAGGACGGCAAGACAGCACUACAUUGUGCCACGAGCGAUGGAUCGUACGAAAUUGCCAAGCUGUUACUGGACACUGGGGUAAACGCAGACACGCAGGAUAAAAACGGCAAGACCCCGCUGCAUUACUGUAUCGAAGAAGCUGAGCUCGUUGUGACGGAUUUGAUUCUCAGUCACGGUAGUCACGGUGCGAGCAUCGAUGUACCAGACACGGAUGGUAUCACUCCUAUUCGACUCAUGCUACGACGCGCUAACCUAAACAUUUUGCAGUUGUUAUUAAACCACCACCAGUGGGUAGCCACAUCUCAACGACAAGACUUCGCUGGCUGGGUGUUGCUGCAAGCAGUCGACGUCCAAGCUGAAUCAAUUGUUCGCUUCGUCGUAGAUAACGGAUAUGCGCCUCUGAUGGUGUGCAAUGAAAAGGGUGAGACGGCGAUGCACCGAGCUAUCUUGCCAGCUGUCAUGGAGUUGAUAUCUGACUUGGGUCCGAACGGUGAUACACUGAUAGCUACUACGACGCAGGGAGCGACGUCUGCGCAUUACGCUAGUGCGUACGGCUCCGCUCGAGAAGUAGAGACGCUGCUGCUAUGCCUCACGAGGGUGUUCGGUGACCUGGAGGAAUUCGAGCAACUUGGUGGAACGAACCCACUGAACGUUCCGAACGGGUCCGACGUGACGAGUCUGUAUAUCGCGAGUACCACUUUGAGUUCGACAGAGAGUGGCUUCGAAUGCAGCAACACCAUUUCUCUUCAAGAUCGUAACGAGAAAGUGCGACUGUUGCUUGAUCAUGGCGGUCGCCUGUUCCCGGAUGGAUUCCUAGCGCAGUCCAUGAAUUUGGAUUCGUAUCGUUUGAUGCUUCCUGCUCAAGUGCGACGUUUUCUGAAGAUCUGGUUAACCGAAGAAGGAUCAUGUAAUGAAGAUCUCAACGAAGUAGUAUCGGAUCUGAUUGGUGGUGAUAUCCCAGCGCUCAAAGAUUUGUGUACGCAGUGGAUAGCUUGUGUUACAUGUCUUGGACCGUCAAGGACCGUAGUUGUUGUUGUGACGGGUGCCGGUUACGCGCAUGAGACUUUGCUACUUCUGCUCGAUCUGCCGUUUCGUCGUCGCGAGUUCUCUACGUUUCUAGCUGGAUUGCAGAGGGAGGAUGUGUUAUGA